UUGAGUUGAUAGGAUGAUAGGUUCCACUACUAAAUUUGGAUGCACACGACACGAUACAAUUCCAGCUCCAGUGUCAACUUGAAGGAGUUUGAUACACAAAGAUAAAUAGAAAUUAAGGAGAAAUGGUAGAGAUGAAGUUUGGCGGAAUGGAUUUCAGGUGCGCGUUGAGUUCCUUUCCAGAAAAAGAUUGUGUGCUUCCGUUGAUAUCUAAGUUACUGGGUUACUUCCUCGUUGCCGCUUCCACCACCGUUAAACUCCCCCAAAUUAUGAAAAUUGUAGAAAACAGUAGUGUGAAGGGGCUUAGUGUGGUGGGUUUUGAACUUGAUGUUGUUGGCUACACAAUUGCUCUGGCAUACUGUCUUCACAAAGGCCUUCCUUUUUCAGCUUAUGGAGAGCUUGCCUUCUUAUUGAUUCAAGCUAUAAUUCUUGUGGCAAUCAUCUAUUACUUUUCUCAACCUCUGGGAACUAAGACAUGGAUCACAGGGUUAUUAUACUGUGCAAUAGCCCCAAUGGUGUUGGCUGGUAAAAUCGAUCCUAUGCUUUUCGAAGCUCUAUAUGCUUGUCAGCAUUUGGUCUUCUUCUGCGCUCGAGUUCCACAAAUUUGGGCUAAUUUCAAGAAUAAGAGCACCGGGGAGCUUAGCUUUUUGACCUCGCUAAUGAAUUUUGCUGGAUCUAUGGUGAGAGUCUUUACCAGUAUGCAGGAAAAGGCGCCAAUGAGCGUGGUUCUGGGCUCGAUGAAGAGCUUUGUCAUGAACGCUGCAAUCUUAUCGCAGAUAAUUGUGUACCGGAAACCAGCUGCAAAGAAAGAGAAGAAAUGUGACUAGGGUAUGAUCAACAUCUCUAUUAGUCUGAAUUCAGAGGCCUCUCUGUUUGCAGGCAAGUUCAUCGGUAGCCAUCACCUCAAGAAGAGGGCAAUGAAUGAUAUAUAUGUAUAUGUCAGGGAACUGACUCUUCCAAUACACAUAAAUAUCAACACACAUUUGAGUGUACCAAUAAAAAGACCAUCUUUGUCUACC